UUCCCAUUCGUGUGCGAUGGUGCGACGCGCCCACGGUCUGCUUCGGCAGAUUGGCACGCUCAUGUGGAAGAACCGUCUGCUCAAGCAGCGGCAUUACAUCGCGACGGCGUUCGAAAUCGCCAUUCCCGCCUUGAUGGUCAUCUUGUUUGCGUACUUUAAGACGCUCCAGCCCAACACGUCCAUCGCGGCGGGAUUUGUGACUGGCGUCGGCAGCACCAACUUGUUUGAAUCGAGCAACGGCAACUUGGGGGCUAACAUCGGCGUCUACGGGGGAAAUGCGCCGACCUUUGGCUUCGUGGAAACGUCCAUGACCGCCUUGUUGCUGGCGUUGCCACAACACUCGCAGUAUGACUUCAAUCGCAACGAAACCAACGACCUGGUGCCGUCCGACAAGACGAUAUGUGCAACCAAGUUCUUGUACCUUGGCUACACCAACAUCGACCCUACCUCCCCAUUUGCCAUACCUGUGGAAUGUCGAGGAAAGUUCAUUCCGUACAAGCUAGCUAUUGCGCCCAAGAACUCGUUCACGGUCAACUACUUUAGCCAAACCAUGGCGGCGUGGUACCCGCAGAUUCCGCUGUCCAACCAAUCGCACAACGCGUACAAUGCGACGCCAGUCGUGCCCAGUUGGACAGACUCUGUGAUGUACUUCGACUCGGCCGACGCGCUUCAAGCCUACGUUUCUGGCACGAAGUACGGCACGGACACGGCCAAUCCCAAGAUAUACGCAGGGAUUGUCUUUGACACGUAUCCCACCGACACGCAAAUUGGGACGGCGGCGCCCAUCGAGUACACGAUUCGCAUCGACUCGACGCAGCGCGAAGGCGGUGACGUUGGGAAUAUUCCCCACACGGCCAACAACGACCCCAAGUUCGUCGAUCCGUUGCAGAAAAAUCUCAACCGCAAGUACUACAACACUUACGUUCGCCGCGGAACCAACACGCUGCAGACUGCCGUGACCAAGUUCCUCGCGUGCCUUCCGACGUGGAACGCCGUUAGCAUGACCACUGACGGCUCAUGCCAGCAAGUCCAAUCGGUGGCCGCGUCCUCUCCAGCAGUGCUCCAGCGGUUGACGUCGCAACUUCUGCAAGACGAAGUCCUCACGGACAUUUUGCAGUCGGUGGCAGGAAACCCUCAGCUUGGAAUAGGCAUGAACGUGUCGACGUUGUUGGAGGCGCUGCCGCUCAACUCGACGCUGGCGUUGUUGCACCCCCUCAAGCAAGCCCCCCAAGCUUAUGUCGGCGCUACGACGUACCCGUUUCCGAUUCAAGCGUACAUCAAAGCGCCGUUCUACAGCAUGGUGUCGCAAGUGUUUUCCAUCAUUUUCAUCCUGGCGUAUCUCCACGCCGUGUCGCGGGUGAUUGUCGUGCUCACGCAGGAGAAAGAAACCCGCGCGCGCGAACUCAUGAAGAUUCUGGGCGUCCGCGAUGCCGCCAUUGUCCUCUCGUGGUACAUCACGUACCUGCUGAUCUUUGUUGUGAGCUCGGUGCUGGCGGCGCUCGCGGGCACGCAGCUGUUCCCCAACACGAGCUUUGGCUACUUGUUCAUCUUGUUCUUCUUGUACUCGACGUCCAUCUUUGCCUACGGAUUUCUGGUUUCGUGCAUCUUUUCCAACUCCAAGACGGCGGGUACUGCAGGCAACGUGUUCUACUUUAUCUUGGCGUUCCUCGGCAACUUUGCCACCAACUCGCUCGAGCCCGUGAAGAUGCUCUUUUCGCUCUUGUCCCCGGUCGCGUUUACGUUUUGCAUUGGGACGUUGGCCAAUGUCGAAGGCGUGUCCACGGGCCUCACGGCCGCCAAUGCAAACGUCCCGUACGGCAACUUUCGAUUCCAGGGAGGGCUGGGGAUGUUGGUGCUGGACACGCUCUUGUACACGGCGCUGGGGUUGUACCUCCAGGAAGUAUUGCCCCAAGACUACGGCACCCCUCGCAAAUGGUACUUUCUCUUCCAAGUGUCCUUUUGGCGCGGCAGUGGCGUUGUUCAUGCGCGGCCGGCGGACAAAGUCGCGGACGCAGCCCCGGACACGUCGAAUGUGGAGCCCGUGGGGGUCGACGUGCAGGCACAAGAAGAGGACGGCCGAGCCUUGAAGAUUCGCGGCAUUCGCAAAACGUUUCAAACACCGUUGGGGGUCACCAAAGUGGCCGUGAAUGGCGUCGACUUAACCAUGUAUCAGGAUCAAAUCACCUGUCUUUUGGGGCACAACGGCGCUGGCAAGACGACGCUCAUCUCGAUCUUGACGGGCAUGAUCCCCACCACUACGGGCAAUGCGUUCUUUGGCGGGCAUUCGAUCCUCGACGACAUGAAUGCCAUCCGCCAGUCCCUCGGCAUGUGUCCCCAGCACGACGUACUGUAUGCGGACAUGACUGUGCAAGAGCACUUGGUUUUUUACGGGCGUAUCAAAGGCUACUCUGGAGCAGAAUUAACCGACGUGGUCACCAGUAAGAUCGCCGAAGUGGGACUCACAGAGAAGCGCCACGUGUUUACAGCCAGCUUGUCGGGGGGCAUGAAGCGCAAGCUCAGCGUGGCCAUAGCCCUGCUUGGAGACAGCAAACUGGUCUUUUUGGACGAGCCGACGUCGGGGAUGGACCCGUACAGUCGCCGGAGCACUUGGGAAUUGAUCUUGAACAAUCGCAUGAAUCGGGUGAUUGUGUUGACCACGCAUUUCAUGGACGAAGCCGACAUCCUCGGCGAUCGCAUUGCCAUCAUGGCCGAGGGCAAGUUGCGAUGUUGUGGGUCGUCUCUGUACCUGAAAAGCAAGUUUGGCGCCGGGUAUACCCUCACAAUCGCCAAGUCGAGCAAUUCCACGUUGGACCACGAAACCAGCUUGGUGGCGUUUAUCCAAAAGCACAUUCCUUCAGCCGCCGUAUUGAGCAACGUCGGGUCCGAAAUCAGCUUCCAAUUGGCCAUCGAGAGCUCGCCGAUCUUUCCGACCAUGUUCCAGGAACUCGAAGAACCGACCAGACAGUCGGAGCUGCAGAUUUCGUCGUUUGGGGUGUCUGUGACCACGCUCGAGGAAGUGUUCAUCAAGGUCGCAGAAAUCAGCGACGACGACGGCCAGCACACGCUGGACAAGACCAAGUCUGGCGACAAGGCGGCGGCGGCAUCCAGCUACUCAGUGCAAGGGCUGAACCGGACUGCCAUCUCCAUGUUCGUCCAGCACCUCUUCGCACUCGUUCAAAAACGAUUCCGAGUGGCCAAGCGCGACAAAAAGUCCAUGAUCUUCAGCACCGUGCUGCCCAUCUUGUUCCUGUACAUUGGCUUGAGUUCCCUGGCCAACAGCUCGUUGCUGGCGAACGACCCCAAGAUCCGCCUCGAUCCGUCCGUGCACUUCGCCAACGGACUCAACACCCCCGCGCCGUUCGUUUGCGCCAAAGACGACGGCGGGGUGUGCUCCAAGUGGGGCCAGCAGAUUCAGCGGGCCACCCCGGCCGCGAUCCCGUUGACCGACUUGUCCUCGGAUCCGUCGCUGACGGUGUUUGGCAUUUCGUACAGUGCAUCCAUGCCGCGAAUCAAACAGCAGUACGGCCCAGCGGCAGACACGUGUCUUCUCACGGCCGAAAAGGUCUUCCGCCGCGGGUAUAACGACUUGAUCGAUGGCCAGUACGCUGCGUUCGUCAUGUAUGCUUCGACUGCCGAUCAGAUUUUGAGCUACAACAUGCUCGUCAACACCACCGCCACGCAUGCGGCGGGGGUGUUCAAAGCAGCACUGGACGAAGCCCUCAUCCAAAUGCUCAACGGAAAGUUUCCUGUCACGGUGAAUUUGUACCCGUUUCCGCUCACGGCAACGGUCAAAGCUCUGUUUAGCUCGGCGCUGUCGUUCGUGGCGUGCAUCAUCAUUUCGCUGGCCAUGUCGUUCUUUCCAGCGUCGAUCGUGAUCUUCCUCGUCAAGGAAAAGACCAACGAGCACAACGCCAAGCAUCAGCAGUUGGUGUCCGGCGUGAGUUUACCGGCGUUUUGGCUGGCCAACUACGUGUUUGACAUGCUGCUGUACGUGGUUCCGUUGGCGGCGGCGCUGAUCAUGAUCAACGCGUUCAAAAUUCAAAGUCUCACCGGCGUCGACUGCGCCGCGUGCGCCACCGACACCCCCGCCGCGAUUGUGACGAUUUUCGUUCUCUUUGGGUUGGCCAUCAUUCCAUUCACGUACUGCCUGUCAUACGUCUUCAAGAACCACGCCACGUCGCAGAAUUACACGCUGCUCAUCAACAUCUUGAUCGGCCUCGUGCUCAUGAUUGCGUCGUUUGUCAUGAAUUUGUUUGACUCGACCAAGACUGCCAACGAAUCGCUCAUCUACAUCUGGCGCCUCUCGCCCCUCUUCUGCCUCAGCAACGGCCUCCUCAAGCUGUGUUUGCACUCACUCCUUGGGCUCUUUACCACGUCCGGCGCCGUGAGUGCCUUCAGUGACGACAUCAUGGGGCUAGAAAUCAAGUACUUGGCGGUGCUGUCGGUGGCAUACUUCAUUUGCGCCGCGGGUAUCGAUUUCGCCCUGAGUUUCCCGAAGAUCAAAGCCAUUUUCGUCCGCGAUCCUAAAUUGCCUCAUGUUGCCCACGAAGAAGACAAGGACGUGGCCGACGAAGCCAAGCGCGUGCUGGACGGGCGUGCAGACAAGGACAUGAUUGUGAUUAAGAAACUCAAAAAAGUCUAUCAGGGCAACAAAAUCGCUGUCCGCGACCUGUCGUUUGGGCUGCCCAAGGGCGAGUGCUUUGGGUAUUUGGGGAUUAACGGCGCGGGAAAGACCACGACCAUGAAAAUGCUCACGGGGGACAUCUUGCCGUCGAGCGGGCGGGCGACGUUGGGCGGGUUCGACAUCCUCACGCAGCAGCUCCAAGUGCGCCGACUGGUGGGGUACUGCCCCCAAUUCGAUGCACUCUUCGACCUCCUCACCGUUCGCGAGCACUUGGAGCUAUUCGCCAAGAUCAAAGGCGUGCCUUGGAAAGAUGUCAACAUGGUCGUCGUAGAAAAGAUGCGGCAGAUGAACCUCAACUCGUUCGAACACAAACUCGCGGGGACGCUAAGUGGCGGCAACAAGCGCAAACUGUCGGUCGCGAUGGCCAUGAUCGGGUCACCGCCCAUCAUUUUCCUGGACGAGCCUUCCACGGGCAUGGACCCCGUCUCCCGCCGGUUCAUGUGGGACGUGAUUGCUGACGUUUCCACGACGCAGAAAGAAUCGACGAUCGUGUUGACCACACAUAGUAUGGAGGAGUGCGAGGCGCUGUGCACCCGCGUGGGCAUCAUGGUGGGGGGCCGGCUGCGCUGCCUUGGAAGCGUGCAACACCUCAAGAGCCGCUUUGGAGAUGGCUUCAUGGUUCACGCCAAGGUGGAGCUGGCGCCGCCGGAUGCCGUCGCGUCCUUCUUUGACUUGGCUGUCAAGGUGCAUUGCGCCACUCCUUCCGUUACGUGGGACAUAACCCAUGCGGACGCGGUGAAGCUGUGCACGGCGCUGGGGGCCCCCGAGCGCGCUGACUGGUUAACUCCCAAGCACGCCACUGGCUACGCCCUGGAAGCUGUGUGGGAAAGCAAGGGCAAGCUCCCCGUGGGCACGUUCUGUGCGUGGUGGGUGGGCGAGUCACGGUUCCACGACCUCCAGGCGUUCUUGACCUCCACGUUUGUCAAAGUGACGUUGCUGGAGCGCCAGAACGAGCACAGUCGAUUCAAGUUGCACGAAAACGGAACCACGCCGCUGCGAUUGUCGACUGUGUUUGCCAAGAUGGAGCAACACAAGGCGGCGCUGUUCAUGACUGAGUACAGCGUGUCCCAGACGACUUUGGAGCAGAUUUUCAACUCGUUUGCAAAACAACAAGACGAAGAGACAAUUGUUGCGCGCGGUGUCGAAGCUAAGUAGGAGAUACAGUAAACGCUACGCUACGAAGUAUGCCUUGGGUUUAAUACAUGGAAUUUGCAUUUUCAUACAACGCCAA